AUGUUACAAGUACGAUCACGAUCGGGUGUAGCACGAACGACUACAAGUCGAUCUUCUGGCUCCGUCAGUAGUAACAUGGCGUCAUUGUCGCUUUCGUUGUCAUCAACUGGACAAUCAGAUUCUGAAUCAAGCGUUGUCGGUGUUACGCCGACAACUGAAUCUUAUUACGAUUAUAACGGAGUUGAUGGUGGCACAGAAGCUGAGAUAAAACGGCCACCAGAUAGUGCAUGCCCGCAAUGCCGAAAAUCUUAUCCUCGGUGCUCGCUUUGCGGGUUGUCGUAUGGUACGCCAGUUAAUGACUACGAUCAUCCGGCGGGAUCGUUCUCAAUGAUGUUCUCCACAUGUUUGAUGUGCAAUCAUGGAGGGCACAUGAAACAUGUGAUCUCGUGGUUUGAAAAGGAAGACGAGUGUCCGGUAUUAGGGUGUGAUUGCAGGUGCUUGUAUCUUGAAAACGGCAUUAGUGGACGUAUUAAACAAAAAAUCUUGACCUCUUUCUAA